AUGAAAAACAGAUUAGUUUUAGCAGUUGAGAAGAUUGUUAAGAAUUUUGUGGUAUUAACUAACAAUUCAUUAGACUAUCAUUAUAGAUUAGAUAUAGUUAUUAUUGUUCUCUCAUACUUUCAGAUAUUAUCUUAUUAUUUAUUUUCAACAGAUGGAGAUAGAAACAAUUUCGAUUAUUCAUAUAGAGAUUUAGGAAAGGUUAUGGGAAUUAUAGGAAUGCCUACUAUAUUGUUAUAUGAACUAAGCAUGAAAGUUAAAUGCUUAUUUUUAAUAGUUCCUGGCUGCAUUAUAUUUAUAUACCUAAUUUUAACAUUAAUUUGCUUAAAAGAUUCAGGAUAUAUUAUGAAUAAGUUAGAGUAAAAAGAAGAGUAUCGUUUGUUUGUGACAAUAUUUAGCUACUAUUCUGUUACUUACAAUUAUUACCUUUUUAAUAUUCUUUUAUCUCUUGCUUUGAUGCCAAUCUCGUAGAUAGUUUAUGAUGGAACAGCAAAUUCUAACCUAUACAUUAUUAUUAUUUCUAUUAUCUUAACACUUAUAAUUCUAUUUAAGGCGUUUUUCUUCUCUUAUUUUGCAGAAUUAAGUUACUCAGCAGUAGAAAAAUCAUUAAGUAGGAAUAUAGUUACUAAUUCAUAUGCUUUUUAAACACUUUUAAAAUGUAUAAUGAAUAUUAUUAACAUUUUUCAAGCAAAUGGGAAUUUUUUUAAAGGAUUAUAGGCUGCUUUAGUUUUUUUAUACCUAUUAAUAGCUCUGUUUGAGCUAUUUUAUUUAAGACCUUACACAAAACAAAUUUUGGUAAAGGGGAUUCUUUAUUCGAUAGUACUGACAUUUACGAUUACUUUUUUCAACUUAAUAUCUAAUGAUUACUUCGAAGUAUGCACUCUAAUUUCCUUUCCAUUGCUUUCAAUCCUCUUGAAUUCAGCUUGGAAUUUUGGAGUUUACAAUAAGGAAAUUCUGGGAAAUGUGAACCUAAAUAAUCAUAUGAUGAGAGAUUUACAUUACAGAAUAGGGUUGCUGAUAUAUCAGUAAGAGGAAUUAUUGUAUGAUAAGAAUGAAUCUUUUAUUCUUUUUAGCUUAUUGCAGCAGCAUAAAAUGAAGUGUAUUGAUAAGUUUUGCUUUUGUAAGAGAAGAGUUAUUUUAAAAAGUAUUUAAGGAACCAGAAUGACUAUUAAUUAAGACUUUAUGAAAAGAUAUAUUUUAAUGCUUGUACAUAGAAUGGGAGAUUAUUUUAAACUUUGUAAAUUCAACUCUAGAGAUAUAAUUUAUUUCGUUCAUUAUAUAUAUUUACUCAAUGAAUUUGAUUAGUCUACUUUAGCUUUAGCUCAAUUAAACUAAAUGAUGUUUUAAAAUAGAAACUCAAAUAAAUUUGGAUUAUACUAAAUGACCAUACUUUCAAUCUUAAAUCAACAUAUCAAAUAAAGGAUGACUUAAAAUAAUAUGAUUAACAAAAACGAAAAAGUUUCCAUAUUUACUUAAGUUGUAGAGAGCUUUCUUUGCUCUGAACAAAAUUCAAAAGAGGUAAAGAAAGAUAUAGCAGAUGUUUUAGACUUGAAAAUAAAAUUUUUUGAUAGUAUUUUAAUGGGAAAAUUCGAAAAAGCUUAAGAAAUGUAUUAACAAAGCGAUUUAAUCACAUAAAUUAUGACUAAAACUGAAAAAAAUCUUGAAGAUCUAUACUUUGCCUACCCUUCAAAUAAGUAGAAGAGCUUGAUGUCAUUCUAUUAAGCUGAAAUAUUAAAUAACUUUUACAAGGCAUUUUCAUACCAGCAUUUAGUUGUUGAUAAUAAAGUAUCUUAGCUAUAUUAAAAAUCACCAAUUAAUUUCUUUUCUAGCGAAAUGAUAUAUCUUAUUGUAGCAUAUGGUAAAGAAAAAGGAAGAAUUAAAAAUUACUCACAAAAGGCUGCUUCGUUUUUCGGAUACGAGAAAGAAAGAUUUGAUUUUGUUAGAUCAAUAGAAGAUCUAAUUCCACCAGGUAUUUCUGCUGUCCAUGAUGCUUUUGUAAACAAUUUUUUCUAAACUGGUUCCAGUGGAUUUUUUAGAAACUUAGGAACUAGUCUUGCAAAGCUAGAAUCAGGUUUUCUUUUACCAAUAGAGAUUUUAUUUGAUAUAAAUUUUCUUGUUUAAGAUGAGUUUACUUUUGUUGUAUUUUUGAGAUAGUUAAUGUCAAAAAAUGUUUUUCUUAUCAUAGAUGAGCAUGGGAGAAUAGGCGGAAUAACAGAGAAUUUUUUUAAAUAGAUUGGAGCACCACCAGAUCUUCAUAGAGAUGUUUUAAUAAAACUAUCAUAAAGCCUUAAUAUUAAUAAUUUGAUUCCUACAUUUUGGGAUUUGAUGAAUUAGAUGCAAGAAUAAGAAGUAACUGAGGCAAAACAUUUUGAUGUCUCAUUAAAAUUCAUCAAAGAUUUGGAUAAAUUUGUUACUAGAAAUACGGAUUUGUUAAAAAAGAAUUAGGCUUAAGAAUUAAAUUUAAAAGCUAGUGUUAAUAAUAAAAAGAAGAAAAUAAAAAAGAGUCCAAAGGAUGGUUAAGUAAAUUCACCAAACUAGCAAAGCUAGUUAGCUAUGGCUUAUAUAAAGAAAAGCUCUUUCUUUAAUAAUGAAUCCUCAAACAAUAAUAUAACAUAAAAUUCAUUAUCUUAUUUUACUCCUAAUUCAACUCCAUUGAAUCCUUUAUCUGAUAUCAGUGAUAGAUCUCUUCAUUCUCAUCACACAUUAAAUUCUAGAAAAACUUUGAGAAGUGCAAAAUCCUUUGUUAGCAGAAAGACUUUAGGUUGGAAAAAAAGUAAAAUGGCAAAAUUUCAAACUAAUUUAAUUAUUAGGACAAGAAAUUUUGUAACUGAUGAUGCUAGUGUGGCUUUUAAAUAUUAUAUUGUAGAAUUAGAAGAUCUCAAAAAACCACAAGCAAACGAUUGGCUUGGUUCUAACUCUGAUAGUUAUGCUUCUAACACUACUCCAUAGAGAAGUUUCAUGACUAUGAAAACUGGAAAAUCAAUAAAUACUCUUGCUUCUGGAAGUUUUCAAAUGAGCAACCACUCAUUAGAAGAAGAAAAAGAGAGAAAUUUAAAUAUAGAUGGUGAAGAUGACAAUUUAGAUUACAAUGGUGAAUAAACAUAAUACAAAUUAAGUAAAUAUAAUACGAUAUUAUAGCCUAUAGAAGAGGAAUAAAAUGAUUUGAACCAAAAAAGAUCAAGCAGUUAAAAUUAAUUCUAAACUAACUAAGCCUCUAUUUUUAGUGGAAAAAAGUAGCUUGGAUGGGUAACAAGGAUAGUUAAUAUGAGAAAACAAAAAAUUUAAGAAUAAUAAGAAAGAGACUAAAAUUAAUUUAUUACUCAAGUAAACACUGAAUAGAGUGAAGAUAAAAAUAUUUAAAGAAUUAAAACAGAAAAAAAACUAUAGAACAGAUAAUAAACUCCUUUAGAAAAAAAUUCUAAUAAUGAAAGUUAAGAAGACUUGGAGAGUGAUAAUUAAGGGCAAGAAGAUGACGAAGAUAAUGAGGAUGGAUAUACUGCAAGUAAUAAUUAAACUUCGAUGUCAAGAACUUCAGGGGCGAAAUCAGAGAGAUCUUCUAAGUCUUCUAAAAAAUCUGUUAAAUCAUCAAAGAAAGCUAAUUCAAGAUAAAGCUUAUAAAGUAGCAAUCAGUAAGGGUUGAAAAAAGGAACAACUGCAUAAAAUGAAGAUACUGCUUCGUUUACAAAGGGAUAAACUUUGAUGUCGCAUGAUAAUAAUCUCGGUGUUAUACAUAACUUGGAUUAAUUAAACGAAAAUAAGAGCUUUCUUGGGUUUAUUCAUAACUAAACAAACAAAUUGAAAGAAGAAGAAGAGUAAUAACUAUCAUCAUAAAAACGGAUAGAGUCUGAGAGAGAUAUUAAUAAACUCAAUUUGAAUUAGAGAAUAGAUUCUAAAAAUAAAAUAAGUUUUAUAAAUGUAGAUUUGUUUGUUCACAGUGAUAGCAAAAAAGAGCCAGGAUCAAAUAUAAAUUCUGUUGUUUAGGAAGAAAAAUAAGUGAAUAAAUUAAAUGGUAUUGAUUUAAAUCAUAAAAAUUAUUUUGAUGAUAAUAUCCUGGAUGAAUCAAAUAGACAGGCUAUGAAAGAUUAGGUGAGUGGCCAUAUAGAAAAUAGUAAUUUACUGUUUACUCUUGACCGCUCAAACAUAUCUUAUAAUAAAAAUCAUGAGGAGUAAAAUGGAGAAAAAAAAUUAUCUUUGAUAAAAUAAGGAUAAAAUUCUAUAAAGCAUCUAAAUAACUCUUUAAAUAUUGAUACAUUAUCAUAAAAGUAAAUAAGUACUAGUGUAAGCAAUAAUCAAAUUCCACUUAGUAUUAUAAGUGGGUAAGAGUUAGAUAAUAUACCUUCAACAAAUUAUAGAGGAAUUCCACUUCUAUCUAAAAAUUUUAGUCCUAUUAUAAGUAAUAAUUAAAAAGAUACAAUUAGGGAAGACUACUUAUUAAAGCUUGGAAAUAAGUAAAGUGACAUAGAAGAAGAUAUUAAUUCUUAUAAAGAUUACCAAUAAAAAUUUUAUAAUAAUGAAUUUGGUGGAGGAGAAAGUGAUAUAGCCUCUUAAACAAUAAAAAUGGUGGGAAGCUAGAUUGAAGUAAAUGCUAAAGAAGAGCAAAUUGCUAAAGAAUCGCAUAUUUAUAAAAUAGAUGAAAACUUUGUUCAAACAAUAUUUAAAUGUUUCAGUUAAAACAGUUCAACUGAGAAUGAUGAUAAAAAAUAAAAUGGAUAGAAUUUAGAUGCUAAUCUAAAAUUGUAACAAGAUAAUGUCAGAACUUCAAAGCAAUAUUUUGUCUAUGAAUAACUGAAUUCAUUCCAAAAAAGUAGCAAAAUCCCUUAAAGCAUACAGUUUGGGUUAUUUUUCUGGAUUUUAGGAUUGCUUAUAUUUUUAGCAUUUUGCUUAACGCUUCUUUUUUCGAUUAGAUCAAAAUUUAAUAAUUUUGAUAAUACUUUGAAUCUUUUAAAUGUUUAAAAUGAGAUAAUUUUACCAGUAAACAACCUGUAAACCCUUUCCCUUCUCAAUAAACAAAGCAUGCUAAAUGGUUACAAUCCAUCAGAUUAAAAUGUUUCUUUAAUUCAGUCAAUUCUACUUGAAGGAGUUUCAUAUUACUUAUCUUAUUUCUAGACAUCAUUAUAAUUUAGAUUAGGUGAUGAAACUACGAUGAAUAAAUGGAUUGAUCAGACUUUAUAAGUAUUAAUGAAAAAUUCUUUAAACUACUCCGAUUAAACUCUUCCGCUUUUAUAAAUCAUCUAAUUGCUUUAAAAUAAUAUGAGUUAACUGGCAUAAGAAUUUUAAUUAAAGUCUGUACCCUAAGAAAGCGACAUUAGAUAUGACUCUUUCUUUUAGUAAAUAAACUAUCAUCCAAUUAUUGAUUACUUUGAUGGAUUUUCAGAAUAAGCUGCUUCAUAAAAUAACCAAAUAACUACUGAUACAUAAACUCUACUGACUGAGAUAAGUUUGCCAAUGAUUUUUUCGUCAAUAUUUAUUUUUAUAAUAUCAUUUUACUAUUUGCUCAAAUAUAAAGAACUUUAGGAAAAUAUGAUGAAAUUUUUUUAUCACACAGAUAAGAUUAGCUUAUCCCGUGACAUACAAAGGUAUAAAAUUCUCAAGUCUAUCAUAAAUCAGGGAGAAGAUUAAAUAUAUUAAUACAAAUUUUCUAUAAAUAAUCACGAUGCUUUUUUAGAAGCAGAAGAUGAAUUUCACGAAAAGCUAGUAACAGAAAUGAAAAAUUACAAAGCUAGACUACCUGAUAUUAAUCUUUAAUAAUCAAGAAUAUUUAUUCUAUUCUUUUUUGUUUUUAUAAGCUAUAUUAUAUUCAUAGCAGGAAGCUUUACCUAUUUAAAAAUAUUUAUUUCCAACUACUAAGACUUUAUAAAUAACUUAUAAGACUUUAGCAGAAUUUCAUACAAGACAAGUAAUCUAAUGUCUGAAAGAGAGCUCUGUUAUGCAAGCUUUUCAACUUCUCUUUAAUAAGAAUUCCCUCAAGUUCUUAUGCUUGAAUACUAGGAUGUAUCAUCUAUGUUUAAGAGUGAUAUUGACUAAUUAGGAAAUUUCAUCAACAAUAUUGGCUAGCUUUAGUUUUAAAUUGUUGAUGUAAGUAUAGUAAGUUAGGUUUAAAAUUUAUUUAAACAAGACAUAUGCCUAAGCAUGCAAUAUAAUUCUACUUUCUAUAAAAGAGACAGGAAUGUUUAUGAUUAAGCAUGUCAUUACAUUCAACAGGGAACUUUAAAUCAAGGUUUGAUAACUUCUUUAAACAAUAUAAGAAAUAAAUUUAAUUCAGAAUUUAAGGAAAAUCACUUUCAAUAAAGAACACUUUAUAAUAAUCCAAAUUAAAUUCUUGAUGAUUCCCUAGCAAUAACUCUGAUUUCUCAACAAAUAUCUAUGCUGAGUAACAAGAUAAUUAAUAAUGCAAAUUAAAAGAAGGAUAGUGUAAAUAAUAUCCUUACAAUAAUUAUAUGCAUCUCUAUGGUUGUGCUUGGCUUAAUUAAUUUUUUGCUAUUUAUGAGAGGUAAAAACCAUCUGCUUUAAGUAUAUAACAAUAACAAGUUAAUAAUUUUCUUACUUCCUUAAUAGACUUUAUUUAUGUAACAUAAGUUAUUUAAUUAAUUUAAAACAUUUUUAAAGAGAUAUAAUUUAUGA